AUGAAAAUAAGUCAGGCACGUUACGCUAAAAUUGGCAGAAGCGGCGACCAUCACCGCCACAAAUCGGCUUGCAGCAGCGACUACCGCUUCAAACUGCAACAAAACGAUGAAGUGGGCGACUACCACACGCACGACAUUCGCGACAGUCCCACUUACUUCAGACCAACAUCCUCGUUAACGUCGCUUCGAAACAGUGACAGCAGCUCUUCUGGCGACUACUACCAAAGUUGCAGCAGCAGCUACAGCAACGGCUACUCGAUGUUGAUGCCACCUCGCUUCAACGAAGACUUCGCCGAGAAACAGAUCAACAACAACAACAAGCCGGUCGCCCGCAAGUACCUACAGCACAGUUACUCCCACCUCUCCGAUACCGUUAAACCGAUCAAGAAUCGCUACAGCUGCAACUCCUUGGCCACAAACAAUUUGAAGUACGGCAACAACAACUGGUCGAGCAGCAAGAAACAUUUAGGAAGCAGCCGCUACAAACUGCUGAAGCACCAACAAGCAGCUAAGCCGAGCUUGAUUACCGGCGCCCACGGGGGGGACUGUUUGACGGCCGAUGGGGAAAGUUCGCCAAUCCUAACUUGCUCAAAAAAUUUUAAAUGCUCUCAAAACCUUCCCGGCAAGAGUCCAUAUCAAGCUGAACGACAUCCACCGAUCGUCGCCAACUUCGAUUCAACAGCAGCAGCAGCUACGUUGUCGUCGUUCAAACCAGCCACAAUGCACUACUCGUCUGAGAACGGCUUCUCUACGGAGAUCAGUCCGCAGCGGCGCAAGCAUUUGUUUCAAAAACAAAAUCGUCAUCAGCAUCAUCAGCAUCAGCAGCAGCAGCAACAUUAUCAGCAACCGAUGUACAUGAAGCAGUUUCAAAAUCCAUACCAGCAGCAAGUGACGGUGUCCUACUCGAGCAACAGCCCUUUCACGAACCAGCAGGCCCUCCCUCGUCAAACUCACAUCACAUCGCAACAUUCUCCCACCUAUUCUUAUUCUUAUUCGUAUCCGAGCCAACAUCAGCAACAACAUCAUCAGCAACAACAUCAGCAACAACAACAUCAUCAGCAGAAUUUUCAACCACAACAGUUCCCACAACAGAGUCACCAGACGCAAAGUGAUUCGCUAUCAUCUCAACAAUUAGCUGCCGGACAAAGUCAUUUCAACCAGUACCAACAAAACUUUCAAUCGUCUCAACAAUCGUCUCAACAAUCGUUUCAACAUCUAUCAGGGGCGGCAGCCGUGAGGCCAGCCAAUCAAAUCGCUGCGAAUCCUCCGGUCAGUUCAAGAUCAGCGGGUCACGGAGACAAAUCUCCGACAAAAUUUCAACAAAUGCAACAAAAGCAGUUUUAUAUUCAACAACAACAACAAAAGCAACAACAGCGUGAACAGCAGCAAGAAAAUCAGCAGCGAGUUCAAUCGCCUCAACAAACAAUGACACUCUUUUCACCUCUACACCACCAACAACAACAGUUUCAACAACAACCACAGCAACAAUCUCAACAUCAACAACCACAAUAUCAACAACCGCAACACUUUCAGCAGCACAACUACGUGUUUCCGCAACAGCAACAGCAGCAGGCAUCGUCUUUCAAUCCAACGCAGCCAACAGUUUUCAACAACCUAUGCCAAAUCUGUCCUAUUGAUGAAUCAGUCAUCAGUCUCGGGAAUUCAGAGACAGAACAAAAACAACAACAAAAACAACAACAUUAUCAACAACAAAUGUUUGCUACUCAGCAACAAUAUCAGCAACAGCAGCAACAACAUUGGCAACAAGCAUCCUUCCAAACAGCGUCAACAGAAACAUCUUAA